AUGUGGUGGCUCACGCGUCUGCUUCACGAGCAGUGCGAAGUAGUGUUUUGCCCGAGCGAGAGCACACGCCGGAUGCUCCAGGCACGCGGUAUCCAGAGAAUCGCCAUCUGGGGCCGUGGUGUUGAUACCGAGAUGUUUCAUCCACAAGCCCGAGAUGAGAACCUGCGCGCUGGCUGGGGCUGCAAACCGAAAUCGCAGGAACUUCUCAACACACUCCAUGAUCAAGCCAUGUCGUCUCUGGAGCAAAGCAAGGGACUUUCGGCUGAAGAGGCCUUUAUACGCACGCCUGACACAUUCCCAGUGUCGGAGUUUAGUCCACCACCUGCCUAUGAGAGCGUGUGUGAUGUGCCGCCCUUGCCUGGUGCGCACUUUGCUCUUCCACCGCCUGUCGUAGCGGGUCCUAGUAUGGCCGAGACUCCCAAACUGUCUGGCGUCGAUAACGACAGCAAGGCAGUUGUUCUUUUUGUCGGUCGGAUCAGUUGGGAAAAAAACAUUCGUCUUUUGGUCGAGGCAUUCCGCUUGCUUCCCGCAAGUGUGAAGGAGAAUGCCAAGCUUGUCGUCGUGGGCGAUGGACCUGCACGCGCUGAGCUCACUCGACUUUGUCAGAAAUACGGUUUGGAUGCUGCGUUUAUGGGCCACCAGAAGGGUCAGCGCCUUGCAUCCAUGUACGCAAGCAGUAGCAUCUUUGCCUUCCCGUCAUUCACUGAAACAUUCGGCCAGGUCGUCCUCGAAGCGCUUGCGUCUGGGUUGCCCGUCGUUGGCUUGCACGCAGAAGGCACCUCGGACCUUAUAUGUCAUGGAAUCACCGGACUCUUGAUGGAUACAAUUCGUGCAACGUCCACGAACCAAACCAAGUCAAAGGGUGUCUCUGGUAUGUCGUCUGCCACGGCGGCUGCCGCAGCGGCGGCGGCGGCGGCGGCCUCUGCAGCCACUGCGACGGCUGCGGCAGCAGCAGCUGCCGUGUCGUCCUCGACGUCCUCGGCGUCGUCAGCUUCGUCGCAACCGCCCGUAACAGGUUCUUCACGGCAUGCAUCACUCACGAAUCGACUGCGUGAAAGCACUGCUUCCAACGACUGCUUGCCCCUGUCUGCAUCUAGUGGCCGUGCCGUGCCUAUGGCAGCCUCCAGCACACUUAAGCCUGGCUUACCUUCGCCUAUCCCAUCUGUGAAAGAAUUUGCUUCUCUCAUGUCUGUCGGAACACAGACAUUUCACCAGUGCGCACAAGCAUACAGCAUCUUGCUCGAGCGUCUGAUCCGUGAUCGGACUCUUCGUGCGACCAUGGGCCAGCGUGCACAACAGUAUGCAUCCAACAAGACAUGGUGGGAUGCUAUGGAGGCACCCGUGCGUGGUUAUGAAGAGGCAAUUGCUCGCGCUGGACAGACGAAUCUGACGGAUGCUGAGUUAGAGGCGCUUCGAAAUGCUCAGCGCAAGAUUGCGCCGCUUUCUGGUCCGAUUGUAACGACGAUCGUCAUCUUGUACUUGGCUUUCUUCGUUUUACUUUGGACGUAUUUGCUAUGA